CAGGCUUGGUCCUGCCCCUGCCCUGUAGGGGUGUGACCUAACGGGGAAGGAGAGCUGUUUAUCUACGGCUGACACUGCGCUCCUCUGCCGGGGUAUCUCACCACCAGGACCGGGAAGGCUUCCCAGAAAACAACCGCUACUGCAGCAUUGAGGAUGUCUCGGGAGCAGCAGGCAGUGGCUCAUGCCAGAAAAGCCUUUGAAACAGGCAGGUCCAGAUCUUUAGAGUACAGGAUCUACCAGCUGAGAAGCCUGCAGCAGUUAUUCAUUGAGAGACAGAAGGAGAUUUCAGAUGCCGUCAAGAAAGACCUCAAUAAGAGCGAGGUGGGGACCCAGCUGUAUGAGACUCUGGGUCUGGAGGGAGAGAUCAGCCUUGCCAUCAGGAAGCUGAAGGAGUGGGCAGCCCCCCGGCCCGUGGAGAAGAACCUGCUGACCCUCUCAGACACCGUCUACAUCCAGCCGGAGCCUCUCGGAGUGGUGCUCAUCAUCGGGGCCUGGAACUACCCCUGGGCUGUCACCAUCCAGCCACUCAUUGGAGCCAUUGCUGCUGGUAAUGCCGCUGUGGUGAAGCCCUCUGAGGUCUCUGUUCACACAGCAAAGGUCAUGGAGGAACUGCUGCCACUUUACAUUGAUAAAGAGCUUUACCCUGUAGUGAACGGAGGAGUGACAGAGACCCAGGAGCUGCUGCGCCAGAAGUUCGAUCACAUUGUCUACACCGGCAACAGCACAGUGGCCAAAGUGAUCAUGGAGGCUGCUGCCAAACACCUGACACCUGUCACCCUGGAGCUGGGCGGCAAGAGCCCCUGCUACAUUGACAAGAACUGUGACAUAAGUGUAGCUUGCAGGCGUGUUACCUGGGGAAAGUACACUAACUGUGGUCAGACCUGCAUUGCCCCAGACUACAUCCUUUGUGAUCCCAGCAUUCAGGACCGGGUCAUCGCAGAGGUUAAGAAGUCUAUUAAGGAGUUCUACACAGACAACCCAAAGACCUGCCUUGACUAUGGGCGCAUCAUCAACCAGCGCCACUUCAAGAGGAUAAUGAACUUGUUGGAAGGCAGCACCAUCGCUGUGGGAGGAGACAAUGAUGAGUCAGACUGCUACAUAGCCCCCACAGUUCUGCGGGAUGUGAAGCCAGAGGCGAAGGUGAUGCAGGAGGAGAUAUUCGGACCUUUGCUUCCCAUCUUGCCGGUCAGCGGCCUGGAGGAAGCCAUUAAGUUUAUCAAUAAAAGAGAGAAACCUCUGGCACUCUACGUCUUCACACAGGAUGACCAGGUGAUAAAGCAAAUCAGAGACGAGACCUCUAGUGGUGGACUGUUGGCCAAUGACUGUCUCGUGCACUAUUCUGUCAGCUCUCUGCCUUUCGGGGGAGUGGGAAACAGUGGUAUGGGUUGCUACCACGGCAAGUUCACCUUUGACGAGCUGAGCCACCUGCGUGGUUGUCUCAUCAAGAAGCUGAAUAUGGAGGGGGUGAACAGCAUGCGGUACCCACCUCACACACUCAAGAAACUGGGCUGGGCGCGCUUCUUCAUCCUGAAGAACUUAGACCUGGGCUGGCUGGGACGCAUGGCGCUCUUAGCUGUCCUGGCUGUGGUGGCUGCAGUUGCUCUACAGAAUUAUCUCCUUUGAAGACAUCCCACUGUGUCUCAGAUUACAAGCCCGCUGUUUACUUUAUCCUGAGGACCAGAGAGACAAAAAGACAAUCAAAAAGUAUCAGGACGGCUGUAAUACAGGCAAUGUUAGGGAGGGGCCUUAAGUCCAUCUUACAUUUCAGCAACAGUGUCACAAGUUUGAAGUAGUUCACUGUAGAAAGCAUCCCAUUUUAAUGAAGGUAAUUCUGUAUUUCACAUUUGUGUUCAUUUGUUCUAUCUUCAGCCGUUAGACCAGGUUUGCUUGAUUUAGAAUUGAAUACAUAUAUAUUAAAUACACUUGAUGACUUUAAAUGAAAUAACUGUGACAAGUAACUGAAGUAAAUGUAGAACACUGUACGACUGACAGCAUGCUGUCCAUGUUUUUCAUUUUACUGUGAUUUGAACACCUGACUGAGAAAAAUGAAGUUGAACUAACCUGCAGUUUCUUGUCAUGAUGAAAUUGUUUUUAUUGUGUAGAAGUCACCUACACUUCAUUUUGUGUCCAUUCUAUUUCAAUGACUGAA